CCCAAGCAGCGCACCGGCUUUUUCUAGCGGCUUUCCAGCGCUCGAGCGCCCCCUAAGCAGCACCGUAUGCCACACUGGCCCCACCCGACGCCGGCAUGUACCCUCAUGUCAACGGCCGCCCAACAGCUACAAACCUAAGGUACAGGCAACGGCUGAGGCGAGAGACUUUUUUCCACCUUAAGCUUCUGAUCAAUGCCCUUUCGAAACCUACCAUGAGUGUUUUCCGUGGCACGCUAGCCUCGAAGGAGCCUCUCGAAACAUGGCACUCGGGUGAAAUUACAUUUUGGUGUUUCCUUGGCGAUUUUUUUUGUCUUUUUGGUAUCUGGCCCCAGCAGAGCAUGGAGGAGGCGUCUUGGUUUAUCUGGUGUUGGCGCUCAAUUGGCGAUGCAAUGGCAGUUUUAUCACUCAGUUCAAUUGAGCUGGCGUCGUCGUUUCAAAGCAGACGGCUGUACGUGUAAAGGAGUAAUGCUACCUGCGUAGCUGCAGCGGCCGCAAUAAGCGUACGCGUAGCUAUACUUGGACUUGACUGCUUCAGUCUUAGUUCAGCUCCGGCAGUACUAGACCCAAGGUACUACAGUAAGCUGAUGGCAGCAAGAUAUACACGUAUCCUCGUACAUAUUGGAAUUGAAUUGAUUCACCAAGACGGGGGCCGUGUAUCGCCAAUGCCAGAAUUUUUUGCUGUUUGCGGUGUCUCAGCAU